CGUGAAAAAGUCGCACGUGUUAGUGAAUCUGAUACCCCUCUUAUAAUGAAUGGAUUAGUUGAUCGACAUGUCCUACAUGCUAACCAUCACGAGUUCAAACGUUCAAUAGCAAUGCUAUCUCAUGAGAGCCGCGGUAGUAUUUGGUCAGAUGAUUAACACGUGAAAACGUGUACCCCAAUGUGAUAAUGUUGGACUGCACGUGCAAGCUUGUCUCUUCUCGAGCUCUGGUCUCUCAUUUUUCCUGACAAUAUUCCAUCGUCAACAUCGCUCUCGAUGAUGUGCGAAAAGCCUUCACCGCCCUCUUCAACUGUGAGCAAACAUAUGACAUUUGAAGAUGAGGACGAGAGUGUGCGCAUAGCCGUGAGCGCGCUAGGCGAUAUGAGGAAUGGUGCUAGAGCUUCUGGAAGCAUCAACGCCCAAAUUCCUGCAUCAGCUUCAAGCGCGCUAUCAGCCCCAUCCCCUUCUCUACCAGCAGAUAUGACCUCUCCAGAUUUUGUGGCCAGAGUGUCAAAUUUUCCGCUUUUCAAUACUGCUUUGCGGGCAUAUGAACAUGGAAAAGCCAGUUCACGCGUCGUCAAGUAUGGUGCCGAGAUGAUGGAGUCAUCAGUGAAAACCAUAUCCCGUCCUGUAAUCGAUAGACUACCGGUUGAUGUCAAUCAACUAGAUGAGUUUGCCUGUAGGCAACUUGACAAGGCCAGUACACUUGGUAGAUAUCAUCGUCCAUCAAGCACUGACCUCGAACGGAUGCAAGUUGAUGAGAUAUCCAGAGAACGAAUACUAGAGGAACGGCAGACUGGUCGGGAUUAUUUCAGUUCGCGACAAGCACGCGAAGGCACGAACCCACAACAAUUCCAUCCCCUGUUCCUCCAGAUUCGAACGAUAACAAAACACCUGGCCCCACAAAAUCAAAUUACCGCACCUCCUGAUCUUCAAGGUCAGCAAGCAGUGGUACAGAGGAGUCGCUGGCAAGCUGUCCUCUUAGAAGCAGGAGGCAUCAGUGCUGCCGUCAGCGAAGAAAGUAUGCGGCGCCUCAAAUACUGUCUUCAAUGGCUCCAGUACGCCACACUGCAUAUCGAUGCACAGAUCCUCAUUCUCAGGGAUUUUAUUGAAUCCUUGCAUCCGUCAGACUCUUCAUCUGGCACCGAUAUCCUUAUUUCGCCCACGCAUAUGCGGACGCUAACUGAUGUUCGUCGAGAUAUUGUGCAAACCAUCCGUCAAGUGGUUGAUAUUGUAAGCAAAUAUGCCGGCAGUGCUCUCCCGGAGCCUGCUCGGUCACGUGUCAGGGGCUUUAUCCUGCAUCUACCCCAGCGGUGGGCAACUGCAACUGUUAAUACAGCUCCUGGUAUGGUAGAUGGUGCCCCUGGUGCUAGUUCAGCCGUUGGCGCUGCUGCCGGCGGCGCUGGAGCUAUGAGACGUGCACGGACCACCAGACACAAGGAACGCAGCGCUGGUGGCCCUGAUCGCUCCCAAGCAUGUACACCAGCAUCCUCUCGUGCAUCAUCCCCUUUGGCCUCCGCACGCAUAGGCUUACGGCCAACGACCAGUGCUGCCACUCAGGCUGCGCAGCGUGUUUUGGCGCUCGCCACAGAAAGUCUAGACAUGAUGCGUGGGGUUACCGGCGUCGUUAAGGACAGUCUGGAUCGUGCUGAUGCUUGGGUUGAGCGUCUGCGCGUUGUUGGCAUACAGCGCCAGCAACCCCAUGAUGAUUCAGAGCCCUUUGAUCCUGCCUCAUCACCGUUCGCACAACACCGAAGGCAGGAUUCUAUUCCAGGUCUUUCAUCCACUCCCUCGACACCAUUCUCUUCUAUACCCUCCACGCCUGCGGCUAGUUAUUCUGCACCAGCAACACCCGCUGCUUAUUCCUCCUCUGAUGCCCUUGGAAUGGGUCUCCGGUUGGGCGAGGCGAGCACUCGAACAUCAUUGAGUGAGCUCCAACUCGAUGGAGAAACAUACGAAACAACACGUAGUGUGCCAAAAGACCUGUGCGAAGGAGAGCCGCAACGACGGAAGCCCGAUCGCAUAUGGGAGAGGCAGAGCCCCGACAAUGCUUCGCCAAGCAAAGAUGGAAUGAUAGUGGACGAUGUAUGAAUAUCAGUAUGGUUAUACAUUCUUUUUCUUACUCCCUGAUCCUUUCUAUAUCCAUGAACUUUAUAUGAAGCUCUUCUAUUUAAUUACGCGCUUGCACGGGUGUUGGCUGAAUCUCUAAUUGUCUCGUAUACGUGAUGUACUCGUAGUAGCUGGCAUUACUUACUCUAAUUUAUCACAAAGUUCGACCAGG